UCGUUUGCAGGACUUGCGUAUUUUACUAGAGUACUUUGUAGAUGAUUUUUAAUUCGUUUUUUAGAUUUAAUCAGUCGACGUACCGCAUGCUGCUAAUUGGGAUGUUAAGCUACCCAACUGAGAUGUAAGAUUACAUUAAAGUUUUACGCUGCCGUUUAAAAUGACAUUCUCAGGUCACAAUCCUCAACUUUUCAGAUGGAAAAGGGUCGGGUCUGCAAACAAGAAACAGAUGCCCAUGAGGAAUGAUGAUAUCGAUCAGUGGAGAAAGCGAGUGGAGAUGGCCUCGGAGUUUGCUGUGACUGAAGUCUUCUCACACAAGAGGGCUCAUUCAGGGGUCAGCAGCUUAGCUGUACCUCUGCAAAGCUCAGAACAGCUAAGAGAUCAUGACAGUGCUUACAGUGAAGCUCAGGCUCUUCUGGGUGAUUGGUUGAACAGUAAGUUACGGCUGGAGCUGGAGAUGGAUGAUGAAGAUGCCCUAAUGUCCUCCACCGAGACGAGACGGCCCACUGCACAAGCUAGUUCUCAGCCAAACGUCUUUAACCACAGCACGUUUGACGAUCUUUAUAGCCACCUGGCUGAAGAAGAAGAACAUACUGCUGUUAAUGGCUUUCUACAAGAUCUGAUGAAGCAUGAGGUGCUUGACUCUGGUAUAAUGGAGGAACUGGCGCUUGAUGAUCGAGAAUCACGGAAGAGAUGCAGAGACCCAGUCGUCACCAUGGAAGCACGCCACCAGCAGGUGCGAGAGAAUAGAGCGCGGCGGGAGGCUGACAGACAGAGGCAGCAGAGGGAGAAGGAGGCCCAGCGGGAUGCCAGAACAGAGGCGAAGAGAAGGGAGCGAGAGGAGGAGAUUAGGAAGAACCAGAAGGAACGGAGGCAGGAGGAGCUGAUGCAGCAGGAGAUGGUGAGAUUGCGACGCCAGAUGGAGAGGAGGAGAGGCCUGGAGCAGCCUGUUCGACAGAGAGAGAGAGAAAACCUUGAAGUGCAAAGGGCAGCUGGAAGCCUCCAAUCAACCCCUACACCUCUUACAAAGCAGCCACCGCUGAAUGUUGAGCGACUACAACGAGAACACAAGAUUCAAACUAAAGUUCAACUGAACAGGCUUCAGUGUCUGCGGAGGCAUUUCUCUGGUUGGCAUUCAGCGAUGUUGGACCGAAGACUGCACAUGAAUAAAGCCAUCGCGCUUUCUACCUGGAGGAGGCAGCUUAGGGCAUGGCGGGCAUGGCGAGCAGUGGUGUGGGCUCAGCGGACGCAGCGAGAGGUGGCAAGAGCAGAAGCUGCGCUGCGAAUGGAAAAGAGGCAACACCAGCUGGCUGUUAAAAGUGACCAAAGGCGGUUGUUACAGCGAUGUCUGAAUGAGUGGCAGCUUUGGUGUCGAUUGGAAAAGGAAAAACGGGAACUUCUGGCCCGGCAGCAGGAGACCAAAUGCAAAAUGGCUGCGUUACUUAAUGCCGCAUCUACAGGCAAGCUCACAGCCACAGAAACUCCUGCUGAUCAGUCUAAAAGGGUCCCACCAGAGCCUCCGAACCAAUCUGAGACCAUGGUGAAGAGGGUUAGCCACAGGUUACGCACUAUAGCCCCUGGCAACUCCACAGUGAAACCGGCCAAGACUUCUGUGAGAACUGUGCCCCGGCCUUUCGAACCAUGGAAGGUGACCCGGCGCCUGACAGUACCCUCGGCUGCAGAACUCUGUGAGGCUCGGCAGAGAGUUGAGGCGGAGGACAGGCCAACCAUUCAGCAGCAGAUCAUUGCACAACAAAGAAGGCUGCUGCAGGAGCAGCAGGAGCAAAUUGCCCGGCUGAAAGAAAAGCAAAACUUGAUGGAUUUGCAGCCUGAAAUGGAGAAACCUGCACAGCUUUCUGAGGUACCAGUAACAGGAGGAACCAGGACAAAGAGCCACAGCCUUAACACCAUGGAGCAGAGAGCACAGGGAUUUGCUGAAGAACCUGGCAGUCAGGGCGCACCUUUGAAGAAAGCUACCCAACAGCAGACAAGCCUCCAUCCCAUCAUAAAGGCCAUGGAGGCCCGAGCAAAACAGCGCGCAGAACGAAGGAAGGAGAUCGAGGAACUCAAGAGAAAAAAGGAAAAUAUAAAGCUGGCUGAAAUGAAAGCCGCAGAGGAGCAAAGGCAGAGGGAAGAAGAAGAGGAGAAAUGCAAGGCUGCUGAGAAGCGAAGGGAGGAGAAGAGGCUGGAAAGAGAGAGGGAGGAGGAAAAACAAAGGCAGCUGAGAAGGCAACAGGAGCUCAUGAGAUUGGCCCGUCAGCACUAUCGCAGAACCUUACUGCUACGACAAGGCCUGGCCCCAUGGAAACGACUGAUUCAGCUCAGACAAACCAACAUGGAGCUGGCUGAGAAUCAUCACAAUCUCUUCCUCCUGAGACGGUGCGUACUGAGAUGGCAGCAGUCAGCAAGAGAGUCCCUUUAUGGGAAAGAGGCUUUAGCUGACCAACUAUACCAGCACAUUUUGCUCCGGAGAAGCUUAAACUGCUGGAAGCGUCUCAGAGACAUGUGGAUGAUUCAGGAGGAGCGAGCUGAACGUUUUUAUCGCAAACGCACUCUGAGGAAGUUUCUGCUCGCCUUGCUGCACCAUGUGACCCAAGAGAGGCUGGUGGAUUGGGAGCGUCAGGGGCUGGCUGUGGAGCAUAAUAACAGACGGGUGGUACAAAGAUGUUUCCUGGCCUGGAGGCAGCUUCCAUGUGUGCUGCGCAGGGAGAGGGAGAGGGACGGGCGGCGGGAGAAGCUGAGCCGGAAAGUGGCAGAGGUUCUGCCUGACUUCUGCUCCCAUGUACUGUAA